AAUUUGGUUAAACUAGAAGUGCAUUUACAAUUAAUAAUGGUAAAAAUAAUUUUACUUAUUCUUAGCUGGUCCUUAAUGUCUAUUAGUGCGGAAAAACCAAGCUGGUUGCCCGAAAAUGCCGACGAUAUACCAACAAAAUGCUAUGAAGAAAAUCAACUAAAAACUUUCUUUGAUAAAGAUCUGCCAUAUGAUCAAUUAGUGAAUAAUACAAAACUACACAAUGUUCUUCUGUGUCAGCUUAAAGCUUUUAAUAUUUAUAGCGAAGACACUGGAUUAAAUGUUGAUCGAUUUCCUUAUGCUUUUGGCUUAAAUGAAAUAAAUUGUGUAAAAUCCUUUGUGCAAGAUUGUGUUGACACACACAAAGCAGUAGCAUCAGCAGGGGAAAUGAUUUUAAAAGUAAGCCAUUGCACUUGGGACAAGAUAUCGGAGUAUAAAAAGAGUGUUCAUGUUAAUACUGAUGAUUGUUAGUACUUUUUGUACUUUGUAAAUUAAUUCUAAUUUGGAAAAAAAUAAAUAAUUUAUUAUUGUUCUUUUUAUAGAAAAAUAUAUAUAAAAACAUUUUUAUUUUAUUUUUCAGUAAAACUAUAUUUUGAUAAUAAAUUGCAAGAGUAAUAAGAGAUAAA